UCACGAGUGUUGCAUGUGAUAGUUUUGUACAGAGCGAUAAAAUCGGCAACAUUCUACCAUAUGGACUCUAGGCUUAUCUACAGAAUUUUAUCCAUCUGAACGGAAAUUCGGUUUCCCUAUUCUGCUAAACAAUCCGCAUCGAUCUUUAGUUCUUCCUCGAACGUUAUACGUAGAAGACGAACAGAAUUGGUUGAGGGUACUUGGAUUCCAUGACAAAUAGUCAGUUCGUGCGCGGCAAGAUGAAGUUUAAAUUGUACCUAAUUGCGUUAUUAGUAACUUUAUGCAAUGCUAAUUUGUGUUUCGCCAAAGAUGUGGAUGCAGAUGUUUUCGCGAAAAUUUACUAUGAACGAUUUAAGAGAAUGUUUGAAACGAACCAUCGGGAUCUCGUCCUAGACGAAAUGAAUGAGGAUAUGCUGAAAGCGGAGGAGAGAUCAGUGAAGUUAAUCAAUUUCCCAGUUGAAGCAAAUGCAAGGGUAUGUCUGAAAUGCUACGUAACAGCAUUCAGUUUUAUUCAACUCAAGAAAGAUGUAAAGUAUGGCACAGAUAAAUUAAAAUCGUUUAUGAAGAGAAUAUGCACUUAUGGCGAUAUAGACAAUGAAUACGUUUGCAAUGGAAACGUUGAAGUGAAUUUCCCUAUAGCUGACUUCAUUUUUAGCAAUAGACCUAACCUAACGACUAGCUAUGUUUGCGGCAAAGUAAUGCCAGAAUAUUAUUGUGUUAAGGAAGACGAUACCUACGAGAACGCUUUGUCAGUAGAGAAACCUGUGCUGAAUGGAUCCAAAGCUUAUACCUUUGAAACAACCGGAAAACUGCGUAUGCUGCAACUGAGCGACUUCCAUUAUGAUCAAUAUUAUGAGCCAGGGUCAGACGCGCAAUGUGGCGAAUGGGUUUGCUGUCGAGGAGAUAAACUGCCCCCUGACUCAAAAAAAGCCCGGGCUGGUUUUUGGGGGGAUUACCAUAUUUGCGAUUCACCGGGACGUCUUGCGGAGAAUUUACUUCAACAAAUUGCAUCCUUAAAAUACCCAAUUGACUUUGUAUACUUCACUGGAGAUUAUGCUGAUCACUUUGGAUGGAAUAUGACACGCGAAACUAUAAAAUCUGAAAUCAAAUACGUUUUUGAUUUAGUUAAGCGCUAUUUACCCAAUAUUCCUGUGUACCCAGUUUUAGGCAACCAUGAAGGAUAUCCUGCUAAUUUCUUUGCUCCAAAUUAUAUCGAGGAUAGGGACCUUUCUUCAAAAUGGCUGUUUGAAUUUGUUGCUGAUCAGUGGAAACAGUGGCUCCCCGACCAAGCUCGUAGGGAUCUGGCUACUAAGGGAUAUUAUACGCUGCUUGUGAGACCAAAUUUGAGACUCAUUGCUUUGAAUAGCAAUGUGUGCAAUGUAGAUAACUUAUGGAUAAUUUACGAUGGACUUGUAUAUCAGCAGCAACUUUUGUGGUUGAUUGAUCUUUUGGAAAAAGCAUCUAAUUCUGGAGAAAAAGUGCAUAUUAUUGGUCACGUUCCUUCAAACGAUUAUAGAUGUGAUAGACGGUGGACAAUGGAUAUUCAACAUAUCAUUGAAAGAUACGCACAUGUAAUUGCUGGACAUUUCAACGGCCACACGCACAUAGAUGAAUUCAUAGUAUAUUAUUCAUCACAGGACAAAGAAACUGCUUUAAAUGUCGCUUGGAAUGGGGGGAGUGGAACGAAUUUCGUCGGAUUAAAUUCGAAUUUCAAAUUCUACGACAUUGAUGAUAGAACUUACGAAGUUCUUGAUUUCGAAACAUGGAUCUUUAAUCUGACGGAAGCAAAUAGACUACCAAGCAACAAACCAAUCUGGUACAAAGAAUAUUCAUUCACAAGUCGCUUUAAUGUGAAAGACCUCAGUCCAUCUUCUAUACAUGAGCUACUUGGACGAUUUAGAAAAGACAAAAUGUUGCUAAGAAAGUAUUGGGAAACUACUCAAAAAGAAUCCGAUGCGGCCUUCCAAAAAGGAUGCGAUGACGCCUGCCUGCAAAAAGUAUUAGAUAGUAUAACUAGGACGACAUUCCCAAAGCUAAAUAUAUACAAGGGAGCUGAUACUGGGAGGAUUCAAAGGAUAAGCAGAAGUGAAAAAAGAAAAGCGAUGCAAAUACGGGUUCUUUCACCAAAGACAUAGGUUCACCACCAAUUCAGAACAUUGUACCCAAUAAAUACUGUAUAACGAUCAAAUAAAAUAUAACUCUUUUGACGCCUCAUUGUAUGAAGGGAAUUGA